AUGUCGAAGUUGUUGGCAUUUCUUGGGCUUGUCUUGAUGGGACACGCAGCCAUAUCUGUCGGUCAAUUUAGAGGAAUUAUGAAAGAAAGAGGAGAGGCAGAUUUCAAUAUUCCUUUUGAUAUCAUUCUAGAGUGCCUUGUUGGGAUGGUUAUUGCGAGCUUUGGUUACAUCAUCGGACUCAACCCCUACGAAGACAUUUCCUCUGACAGCUCUUUAUCCGCCAAACCCAUCGAAGCGCUUCUCUACCGCCCAGGCUUCUACUCCCGCGUUUCACGACGAUUUGGUUACUUUGAAGACGAAUAA